UAGCUAACGCGCUCUCGCUCUUGCUCUCUCUUGCUCUCUCUCCCUCUCUCCCUCUCUCUCUCUCCCCCCCCACCCCCCGCGCCGGCGCGGAAACAGUUAACCUCAGGGGGGGUGAAGGGGAGAGGGGGGAGUUAACCCUUUCGCAGCUAGGGGCCGGUUGGCUCGGAGGAGCCGAGGGCUCGCCGUGUCUCGUGCUUGCUGUCCCACGCUAGGUUCUGUCUUGCUGCCCUAGACCCCUUCGUGGGGCCAGAGCCCCGGAGAAGUGGGACCCGGCCCACGGUUAUCCCCCGCCCCAUCUGGGGGGUGGCCUGGCAGCGAGCCGAGCCGGGAGGAGGCUCGGAGGAGGAAGAGGAGGAGGAGGAGCGCGCCGAGCGGAGGGAGGAGGGAGAGCGGCCAGCGGCGGCGGCGGCAGCAGCAGCAGCAGCAGCAGCAGCAGCAGCAGAGGUGGCAGCAGCGUCUGCAGCAGCAGCGGGGCGGCAGCGGCGACGCGGAGCCUGUGCCGAGCGGAGCCGGGCUCCUGUCCUCUUGCCCUCUCGCCUGCCCUCCUGGCGGGGGCCCGGAUGUGAGAGCGGCCGGGCGGCGGGCGAGGGCCGGCCGCGGGCCCCCCGGCUGCCUUUGGCGGGGCGGGAGCCGGGAAAGGAGACUAAGAAGCAGCGGCCCCUGCGCGGCGGCAGGCGCAGGGCACGGGCGGGCAUGGGGGACGGCCCGAGCGGCCCCCGCACCGCCCCCGACCGCCAGGAGGAGACCUAAGCGGGGCCCGAGCCGCCCUUGAGCCCGGAGCCGCCGCCGGGAAGAGCCGAGGGGGCUAACGCAGGGCCGAGCACCGGCGGGCACCGCACCGCGCCGCAGCGCCCAGCAGGCGAAGGGCAGCCCCAGCCCCGCGGCCCGCUCCCGCACCCCCGCGGCCGCCGCGCACGCACACGCACACAGCAGGCGCUCGAUAAAUGGUCCGAGAGGAGGAUGAUGAUGAUGAUGAAAAAAAUGCACCCCCCGAGGCGGGAGGAGGAGGAGGAGGAGCACGCGAAAGAGGCGAACUAUGCAAGAGGCACCAGGAACUCUCUCUCUGGUGACAGACCAACGUUUCGGCCCAAGAGCUCCCAGAACUCCCAGCAGACCGUCCUGUCCUGGCAAGCUGCGAUCGAUGCUGCUCGACAAGCCAAGGCUGCCCAGAGUAUGAGCGCCUCCACCCCCCAGCCUGUCGGGUCUCUGUCCCAAAGAAAACGUCAGCAAUAUGCCAAGAGCAAAAAGCAGGGGAGCUCCUCGAGCAGCCGCCCCGCCCGGGCCCUCUUCUGCUUCUCUCUGAACAACCCCAUCCGAAGAGCCUGCAUUAGUAUCGUAGAAUGGAAACCAUUUGACAUAUUUAUAUUAUUGGCGAUUUUUGCCAAUUGUGUGGCCUUAGCUGUUUACAUCCCAUUCCCAGAAGAUGAUUCUAACUCAACCAAUCAUAACUUGGAAAAAGUAGAAUAUGCCUUCCUGAUCAUUUUUACAGUUGAGACAUUUUUGAAGAUUAUAGCCUAUGGAUUAUUGUUACACCCUAAUGCUUAUGUUAGGAAUGGAUGGAAUUUGCUGGAUUUUGUAAUAGUAAUAGUAGGAUUGUUUAGUGUAAUUUUGGAACAAUUAACCAAAGAAACAGAAGGAGGUAACCACUCUAGUGGCAAAUCAGGUGGUUUUGAUGUCAAAGCCCUCCGCGCCUUUCGAGUGUUGAGACCACUUCGGCUAGUAUCGGGCGUGCCCAGUUUACAAGUUGUUCUGAAUUCCAUUAUAAAAGCCAUGGUUCCCCUCCUCCACAUUGCCCUUUUGGUAUUAUUUGUAAUCAUAAUCUAUGCUAUUAUAGGAUUGGAACUUUUUAUUGGGAAAAUGCACAAAUCCUGUUUUUUCACUGACACAGAUAUCCUAGCUGAAGAUGACCCAGCACCUUGUGCGUUCUCAGGGAAUGGGCGCCAGUGUACCUCCAAUGGUACGGAAUGUAGAAGUGGAUGGGUUGGACCAAAUGGAGGCAUAACCAACUUUGAUAAUUUUGCCUUUGCAAUGCUUACUGUUUUCCAAUGCAUUACUAUGGAAGGCUGGACAGAUGUGUUGUACUGGAUGAAUGAUGCUAUGGGAUUUGAGUUACCCUGGGUCUAUUUUGUCAGUCUCGUCAUCUUUGGGUCAUUUUUCGUACUAAAUCUUGUACUUGGUGUAUUGAGCGGAGAGUUUUCAAAAGAGAGAGAAAAGGCCAAAGCCAGGGGGGACUUCCAGAAACUCCGGGAGAAGCAACAACUUGAAGAGGACUUAAAGGGCUACUUAGAUUGGAUAACUCAAGCGGAGGACAUUGACCCAGAAAAUGAGGAUGAAGGGGGAGAUGAGAACAAGCGCAGCACAAGUAUGCCCACAAGUGAGACGGAGUCUGUGAAUACCGAGAACAUCGGGGGAGAAGGGGAAAACCAAGGGUGCUGUGGCCGUCUGUGUCAAGCAAUCUCCAAAUCCAAACUCAGCCGACGUUGGCGUCGCUGGAACCGUUUCAAUCGGAGAAGAUGUCGAGCUGCGGUGAAAUCGGUUUCAUUCUAUUGGCUGGUGAUCGUCUUAGUGUUCCUCAACACCUUGACGAUUUCCUCUGAGCAUUAUAAUCAGCCCGAUUGGUUGACACAGAUUCAAGAUAUUGCCAACAAGGUUCUCCUGGCCAUGUUCACCUGUGAGAUGCUCGUCAAGAUGUAUAGCCUGGGCCUCCAGGCCUACUUUGUCUCGCUUUUCAAUCGGUUUGAUUGCUUCGUGGUGUGUGGCGGGAUCACUGAGACGAUCCUGGUAGAAUUAGAAAUCAUGUCUCCUUUGGGCAUCUCUGUGUUUCGGUGUGUCCGCCUCUUGCGUAUUUUCAAAGUGACCAGGCAUUGGACAUCCCUGAGUAACUUGGUGGCAUCUUUGUUAAACUCAAUGAAGUCCAUCGCUUCCCUACUUCUCCUGCUUUUCCUCUUCAUCAUUAUCUUCUCAUUGCUUGGGAUGCAGCUGUUUGGGGGAAAAUUUAAUUUUGAUGAGACCCAGACAAAGAGGAGUACCUUCGAUAAUUUUCCUCAAGCUCUUUUAACAGUGUUUCAGAUUCUCACAGGUGAAGACUGGAAUGCCGUCAUGUAUGAUGGAAUUAUGGCUUAUGGGGGCCCAUCUUCUUCGGGAAUGAUAGUUUGUAUAUACUUCAUCAUCCUCUUUAUUUGUGGUAAUUAUAUUCUGUUGAAUGUUUUCUUGGCCAUUGCGGUGGACAAUUUGGCUGAUGCUGAAAGUCUGAAUACUGCCCAGAAAGAAGAAGCAGAAGAAAAGGAAAGGAAAAAGACUGCCAGAAAAGAGAGUCUGGAGAAUAAGAAGAAUGACAAGCCUGAAGUCAACCCAAUGGCCAACAGUGAUCACAAGGUUAUAAUUGAUGAUUACAGAGGAGAAGAUGAAGACAAGGACCCUUACCCACCUUGUGAUGUACCAGUAGGUGAAGAAGAAGAAGAAGAGGAAGAAGAAGAUGAACCCGAAGUUCCUGCUGGCCCUCGGCCUCGUAGAAUCUCAGAGUUAAAUAUGAAGGAGAAGAUCAUCCCCAUUCCUGAAGGGAGCGCUUUCUUCAUUCUUAGCAAAACAAACCCAAUCCGAGUGGGCUGUCACAGACUCAUCAAUCACCACAUCUUUACCAACCUCAUACUUGUCUUCAUCAUGCUCAGCAGUGCUUCCCUUGCUGCCGAAGACCCCAUCCGAAGUCACUCCUUUCGGAAUAUCAUACUGGGUUACUUUGACUAUGCUUUCACAGCCAUCUUUACUGUCGAAAUCCUGUUAAAGAUGACGACCUUUGGAGCAUUUCUUCACAAAGGGGCAUUCUGUAGGAACUACUUCAACUUGCUGGACAUGCUGGUUGUGGGUGUUUCUCUGGUAUCAUUUGGGAUCCAAUCAAGUGCUAUCUCCGUUGUGAAGAUUUUGAGGGUCUUAAGGGUUCUGAGACCUCUCAGGGCAAUCAACAGAGCAAAAGGGCUUAAGCAUGUGGUUCAGUGUGUCUUCGUUGCUAUUCGAACCAUCGGCAACAUCAUGAUUGUCACUACCCUGCUGCAGUUCAUGUUUGCCUGCAUUGGUGUCCAGCUGUUUAAGGGGAAGUUCUACCGGUGCACAGAUGAAGCCAAAAGUAACCCUGAAGAAUGCAGGGGUCUUUUUAUCCUUUACAAAGAUGGGGAUGUGAAUAGCCCAAUGGUUCGGGAGAGAGUUUGGCAAAAUAGUGAUUUCAACUUUGACAACGUCCUUUCGGCUAUGAUGGCACUUUUCACGGUCUCCACAUUUGAAGGGUGGCCUGCGUUAUUGUAUAAAGCCAUUGACUCCAAUGGAGAGAACGUUGGCCCCAUCUACAACUACCGGGUGGAGAUUUCCAUCUUCUUCAUCAUCUACAUCAUCAUUGUGGCGUUCUUCAUGAUGAACAUCUUUGUGGGCUUUGUGAUUGUCACUUUUCAGGAGCAGGGAGAGAAAGAGUACAAGAACUGCGAGCUGGACAAGAAUCAGCGUCAGUGUGUGGAAUAUGCCUUGAAGGCUCGGCCCCUGCGAAGAUACAUCCCCAAAAAUCCCUACCAGUACAAGUUCUGGUACGUGGUGAACUCAUCCCCCUUCGAGUACAUGAUGUUCGUCCUCAUCAUGCUCAACACCCUGUGCUUGGCCAUGCAGCAUUACGAACAGUCCAAGAUUUUCAAUGAUGCCAUGGACAUCCUGAACAUGGUCUUCACAGGAGUGUUCACUGUUGAGAUGGUCUUGAAAGUCAUUGCAUUCAAACCCAAGGGAUAUUUUAGUGAUGCCUGGAAUACGUUUGACUCCCUCAUCGUUAUCGGCAGCAUUGUAGACGUGGCUCUCAGCGAAGCGGACCCAACUGACAGUGAAAAUAUCCCUGUCCCUGUCCCAACUGCUGCUCCUGGGAACUCAGAAGAGAGCAACAGAAUCUCCAUCACAUUCUUUCGUCUCUUCCGAGUGAUGCGACUGGUCAAGCUUCUUAGCAGGGGAGAAGGAAUACGGACACUGCUGUGGACUUUUAUUAAGUCUUUUCAGGCUCUUCCGUAUGUUGCUCUUCUCAUAGCUAUGUUGUUCUUCAUUUAUGCCGUCAUCGGGAUGCAGAUGUUUGGGAAAGUGGCCAUGAAAGAUAACAACCAGAUCAAUAGGAACAACAACUUCCAGACGUUUCCACAGGCCGUCCUGCUCCUGUUCAGGUGUGCGACGGGCGAGGCCUGGCAGGAGAUCAUGCUGGCGUGUCUCCCUGGGAAGCGCUGUGACCCAGAAUCCGAUUACAGCCCCGGGGAAGAAUUCACGUGUGGCAGCAAUUUCGCUAUCGUUUAUUUCAUCAGUUUUUAUAUGCUCUGCGCGUUUCUGAUCAUCAAUCUGUUUGUGGCCGUCAUCAUGGACAACUUUGAUUACCUGACCCGCGACUGGUCCAUUUUGGGUCCCCAUCAUUUGGACGAAUUCAAAAGGAUAUGGUCAGAAUAUGACCCUGAAGCCAAAGGAAGAAUCAAACACCUCGAUGUGGUCACUCUGCUUCGACGGAUUCAGCCGCCGCUGGGGUUUGGCAAACUCUGUCCACACAGAGUGGCCUGCAAGAGAUUGGUCGCCAUGAACAUGCCUCUCAAUAGUGAUGGAACAGUCAUGUUCAAUGCCACGCUGUUUGCCUUGGUUCGAACUGCUCUGAAAAUUAAGACCGAAGGCAACCUGGAACAAGCAAAUGAGGAGCUGCGAGCAGUCAUUAAGAAAAUCUGGAAGAAAACCAGCAUGAAGCUUCUUGACCAAGUCGUCCCUCCCGCUGGUGAUGAUGAGGUAACCGUGGGGAAGUUCUAUGCCACUUUCCUGAUACAGGACUACUUUAGGAAAUUCAAGAAACGCAAAGAACAAGGCCUGGUGGGGAAGUACCCAGCGAAGAACACCACCAUUGCUCUACAGGCAGGAUUAAGGACCCUUCAUGAUAUUGGGCCAGAAAUCCGUCGCGCGAUAUCAUGUGAUUUGCAAGAUGAUGAGCCCGAGGAAAAAAAACAAGAGGAAGAGGAAGAUGGAUUCAAAAGAAAUGGUGCCUUGUUUGGAAACCAUGUCAAUCAUGUCACUAGUGAUAGGAGAGAUUCCCUUCAGCAGACAAAUACCACCCACCGUCCCCUGCAUGUCCAAAGGCCUUCAGUUCCAUCUGCAAGCGAUACUGAGAACCCAAUGUUUCCUCCAGCAUAUCCUAACCAUCAUAACCAUAAUUCCAUAGGAAAGCAAGUUCCCAACUCAACAAAUGCCAAUCUCAAUAAUGCCAAUAUGUCCAAAGUUGCUAACGGGAAGCACCCCAGCACUGGAAACCUUGAGCAUGUGUCUGAAAAUGGGUAUCAUUCACAGCACAAGCAUGAGCAUGCGCCUCAAAGAAGGUCAAGUCUGAGCAGAACCCGCUAUUACGAGACCUACAUCCGGUCUGAUUGUGGCGAUGGGCCGCUCCCGACCAUCUGCCGGGAAGACUCUGAGGUGUACGACUACUUCAGGGAUGACGGCUGCCUGGGGGAGCAGGAGUAUUUCAGCGGCGACGAGUACGAGGAGGACUGCAUGCUGGUGGGGAGCAGGCAAAGCUAUGACUUCUAUAACAGAUACCCAGGCAGCAGCUGUGACUUUGAGAGGCCCCGAGGUUACCAUCACCCGCAUGGCUUCUUGGAGGAGGAGGACUCGCCCGUCUGCUAUGAAUCCAAGAGAUCCCCCAGGAGGCGGCUGCUGCCUCCCACCCCUACAUCUCAUCGGAGGUCAUCCUUCAACUUCGAGUGCCUGCGCCGGCAGAGCAGUCAGGACGAGCUGCCCCUGUCCCCCUCCUUCCACCACCGGGCCGCUCUGCCCCUGCACCUGAUGCAGCAGCAGAUCAUGGCUGUUGCAGGCCUGGAUUCUAGUAAAGCCCAGAAAUACUCGCCGAGCCACUCGACCAGGUCGUGGGCCACCCCGCCAGCCACGCCCCCCUACAGGGACCGGACGCCCUACUACACGCCGCUGAUCCAAGUGGAGCGGUCCGACUCCCUGGACCAGAUGAACGGAAGCCUGCCCUCCCUGCACCGGAGCUCCUGGUACACGGACGACCCGGAGAUCUCCUACCGGACGUUCACGCCCGCCAGUCUGACCAUCCCCAGCGACUUCCGGCACAAGCACAGCGACAAGCAGAGGAGCGCCGACAGCCUGGUGGAAGCCGUCCUGAUAUCGGAGGGCCUCGGCCGCUACGCCAGGGACCCGAAAUUCGUGUCUGCCACGAAACACGAGAUCGCGGACGCUUGCGACAUGACCAUCGACGAGAUGGAGAGCGCGGCCAGCAACCUCCUCAAUGGCAACGUGAGCAGCGGCACCAACGGGGACGUGUGCCCCAUCCUGAGCAGACGAGAGGACGACUUCCCCGACUUCGGGCCGGGCUACAGCGAUGAGGAAGCUGAGGCGGGGAGAUAUGAGGAGGACUUGGCUGAUGAGAUGAUUUGCAUUACUACCUUGUAGUGUUUGGAGAGAGCCUUGUGUAAAUAGCCGGAGGGCCUCCCUCCGGUCAGGCGCCAGUCUGACUGGUCCAAGGAGAGGCGCCUUUCAGGGAAGCCAUAAGCCUGCCAGGGAGCCGCCCUCCCUCCUGGAGAAGGCGUGAAGCAGGCCCAGAGAGCAUCCUAGGAGCCCGCAUGGCUAUCUUUCUAAAGGGCUUGGGUGGAAAGCAUCUAUGGGGGCCGCACCCUGAGACAAAGGAUGAGAAGUGGCGAUGACAGCGCAUCAAGUCCCCCUGCCCAUGUCCCCCCUCCCCUCCCCCUAACUGUACCCCAUUUCUGUCUGAGCCUCUUCUGAGAGAUCCUGUCACUACCUAUCAGAGGUAGGAAAAGGGAAAAAAUAGCCCCCACUCUGUUCUGUAACACCAGUUUACAUAGGAAAAUAUCUUGGAGAUAGUCUAUUUUCUGACUGUCGCAUUAAGGGCAAAUGAACACUGGAAUAACCGCAAACCAGGUAAACGUAGCAUUAGAUGAGGUUGUUUGUUCCAAAACGCUAUCCUAGACAUUUCCUGUACAUGGCUGUAACAUACUCUAAUUUGUAUUUGUAAAGAGAUGGUCUAUAUUUUGUAAUUAUUGUACCCCGAUGGAGCUGCAGCAAUAUCCCCGCAGCCGACUCACUGGGCUUCUCGCCGCUUCCUUCCUUCCUUCCUUCGGCCGGGAGAACCUCCCCGUGCUUUUACUGGGGUGUGCAGAGCUACCGCGACGAUCCCAACCGAGCCACCUUAGUGCUUCAAUGUGAAUUUCUUUGGAAAGCAAAAUCUUGAGCUCCGAGAAACUUGACCCAAUGACAUUUUCUCAAAUCUUUUGAGUCGACACAAACUCUUUCAAUAAGGUAUGCACAAGCGACUCUUCUUCGAGGGCCCACGUCUGUGAAAGGCCCACCUGAUUGGAAGCUGUAGCACCCUUUGAACCCAGCGUGGGCCGCCAUCGUGUCUUAGGUCCCCAGCCUCUGGUCACUGGCCGUGAGCAAAGGGGUUUGGAGGCUGCUUUUCCCUUUUUGCAUAUCGGCUACCGACAUGGUGAUCCAGGCAAAUGCAAUGGCUAGCCUUGUCCGGAGGGACUCAUUCAGCUGCUUGUCAACUGGGCGGGGUGGGGAGAGGGCAGGAGCAGCGAGCAUAUCCUGGGAUGGACGGAGACAACCUCUUCCGCUCCUCCUUUUGGCUGGUCUCUGUGGUCUCCUUAAAGGCUUCCUCUUUAUGCAAUCAAAGGAGGGCCGAAGGGUUGAGGACGCCGUCGUGGGCCUCCAUUCCGGGAUCUUGAGCCAACUUUGGACAGACUCGAGCUGAGAGGCUUCCUUCCCUUCUUAAGCGGCGGCGGGCUUGGCGAGCGCUCAAAGGAUGGGUAGCACUUUCAGCUCGGUUUCUUUUUUUUUUUAAUCCUACACAGAAAACCAGUCAGACGUUUUUGUACAUAAUGACACUUUGUAAUGGAGACCUCACGGACCUCUUCUUGAAUCAUUCUUAUUACAAAUCCAGGCAAAUACCUUAAGGUUUGUAAAAGGACUAUUUCUUGACCUACAUCAUUUUGUAUUAAAAUGCAAACUAUUCUUCGGAAUAAAACCGUGUCAUCAUUUUAUUAUA